AUGGCCGUACAAGAAUCACAGGAAAAUGUUAGCUCAACCUUGAGUUCAGGCGCAUCUAAUACAGCUUUUACAACAACAGCGCCAUCAACACGUCAGCGUAUGGCUCAAAAUUAUCUAUUGGUUUGGGUCGAUCAAAACAUUGAUCAAAUCAGCAAAGAUUGUCAAGAUACAUUGGCACAACUCCGAGCUGUAGUGAACGAUGUCACUAUAUGUACCCAACCAGACGAAUGUAUCGCGUUUCUCGAUAAACACAAUGAUGAAAAAACUUUCGUCAUUACACCGGGAUACUUAGGUCAACAUUUAGUUCCUGAAAUCCAUAGCAUGCCAAAAUUAGAUGCCAUUUACAUAUUUUGUGGCAACAUAUCUAAUCACCAACAAUGGACCAAAGGUUGGAACAAAAUUAAAGGUGUUCAUGACAAUAUCAAGGAUCUUUGCGACGCAAUAAAGGGAGGUAUCAAACAAGUUAAUCAAGAUUCAAUUCCUGUUAGCUUUGUCACGGUGAAUCAACUGGAACCAAAUUACAUGUACACACAAAUUUUCAAGGAUAUUCUGCUUGAAAUGAAACAUGAUUACAAUCAAGCCAUCCAUAUCUUAGCGGUUUAUUGUUACAAAUGUUAUUCAGGGAAUAUUAAUGAAUUAAAUGUUGUUGAUGAAUUUAAAAGUAAUUAUCGUCCAGAACAAGCUAUCUGGUGGUAUACACGUGAGUGUUUUACCUAUCAAAUGCUCAAUCGAGCACUUCGAACAUUAGAUGCCGAUACAAUUAUUAAUAUGGGAUUUUUUAUACGUGAUCUCCAUGAACAACUUCAUCAGCUACAUGAACAACAACUUCCGAAUUAUCAUGGUAAGCCUUUCAUAGUUUAUCGAGGACAAGGUUUGUUGAAAACUGAUUUCGAUAAACUCAAGAAUACGAAAGGUGGUCUUAUGUCGUUUAAUAACUUUUUAUCUACCAGUACCAAACGAGAUGUUUCCCAUCAAUUUGCCAAAGGUGCCUUACGAAAUACAGAUAUGGUGGGAAUACUUUUUAUAAUGACAAUUGAUCCUUGUGUCUCAUCAACACCAUUUGCCUCUAUUAAGGAGGCUAGUUAUUUCAAGGAAGAAGAAGAAAUUCUCUUCUCAAUGCACACCGUCUUCCGAAUAGAUGAUAUUAAACAAAUGGACAACAAUGAUCGACUUUAUCAGGUAGAACUUCACCUAACUGCUGAUGAUGAUGAACAACUUCAGCGACUGACUGAAUGUAUAAGCAACGAGGUUGCGGGUGGCACAGGAUGGCAACGAUUGGGUAAUUUAUUACUAAAAACAGGUCAUUUCAAUAAAGCUGAAGAACUAUAUAAAGUACUACUUGAACAGCCAUUGAACGAUAGCGAUAAAGCACUUUAUUUUAACAAUCUCGGAACUGUCAAAAAGAAUCAAGGUGAUUAUGGACAGGCUAUAGAUUAUUACAAACAAGGACUUGAAAUGUAUGAGAAAACUCUUCCAGCAAAUCAUCCUUCGUUAGCUACUUCCUAUAACAACAUCGGUAGUGUGUACGAUCACCUGGGAGAAGCCUCGAAAGCACUUUCAUUUUAUGAAACAGCACUUGGAAUCUGGCAAAAUGCUCUUCCUACUAAUCAUCCAUCGUUGGCUAUUUCCUACAACAACAUUGGUUUAGUGUAUGAUAACAUGGGAGAAUACUCGAAAGCGUGUUCAUUGUACGAAAAAGCACUUGAAAUUCAAGAAAAAACUCUUCCUGAAAAUCAUCCUUCGUUGGCUACUUCAUACAACAACAUUGGAACUGUGUAUAAGAAUAUGGGAGAGUACUCAAAAGCGUGUUCAUUUUACGAGAAAGCACUUGAAAAUCAAGAAAAGACUCUUCCUGCUAAUCAUCCUUCGUUAGCUAUCUCUUACAGUAACAUCGGUGGCGUAUAUGCUAAGAUGGGAGAGUACUCGAAAACACUAUCAUUUUACGAAAAAACAAAUGAAAUCUGGGAAAAAACUCUUCCUGCAAAUCAUCCUUCGUUAGCUACUUCUUACAGCAACAUUGGUUUAGUGUAUGAAAACAUGGGAGAGUACUCGAAAGCGCUUUUAUUUUACGAAAAAACACUUGAAAUCGACGAAAAAACUCUCCCUGAAAAUCACCCUUCGUUGGCUAUUUCCUACAACAACAUUGGUUUGGUAUAUGAUAAUAUGGGAGAGUAUUUGAAAGCACUUUCAUGGUACGAAAAAGCACUUGAAAUUCAAGGAAAAACUCUUCCUGAAAAUCAUCCUCACUUAGCUGGUUCCUACAGCAACCUCGGUAAUCUAUAUUAUAAUAUGACAGAAUAUUCGAGAGCACUCUCAUUUUUUGAACGAGCUCUUGACAUAUGGCAGCGUGCACUACCUCCAACUCAUCCUCAACUUAACAUUGUGAAAGAGAGUAUUGAAAUUGUAAAAACGAAAUUAUAA